AUGAAAUUUUUUUCGAAGGCAAAACCACUGCCGUGCGGUUCAAAGCCUAAAGAAUGGGCUUACAUCGAUUCGAAUCGGGUUAUCCGAGUCACUGAUGAAACAUUUAGGAAAUAUGGUGAACCAAAAUGUAUAAUGAAAGCAUUUAGCUCCAAGGACGAUGUUGAACUCAUUUUUGAUGAACCAAUUCACUUUCGAAAAAAAAUUCAAUUGAAUACGAGCGAUUUUGCAAAAGUAGUUUGCAUUUCUGCAGCUGGUGAUUUUUGGGGCACUGACAUAAUGACAAUAGUACCAAAGCAGAAUCGAAUAAAGGAGCUACUGGAAAUAAAAAAACCAGACGAUUGGUCGGGACUUGACGUUUAUUUUUUAGGGUUCGAUUCGGUUUCUCAUAUGACUUUUCGUAGAAAAUUACCUCUUACAGUUAAAUUUCUUGAGAAGGAAUUAGAAGCUGUUGUCCUUAAUGGUUAUAAUAUCGUUGGUGACGGUACACCGCAGGCAUUUAUACCUAUUUUAACUGCGAAAACUGAAGAAGAAUUACCGAUGACCAGGAAGCGAUACAAAAAUGCUCAUUUUGUUGAUGAAGUUUAUCCAUUUGUGUGGAAUAAUUUUAGCGAUGCUGGCUAUAUAACAAUGUUUGCAGAAGAUUCUGCUGCAAUUGGAACUUAUACAUAUCGCUUAAAGGACUGGUUUCGCUAUACGAGUGAAUUCAUGCUAAGGUACAAGGAAGUACCGAAAUUUCUUUUGGCCCAUCAAUCACGAUACAGUCAUGAUUCAUUGGAUUUAGUUGAAGUAGAGGAUGAACAUAUUGUACAACAUUUUAGGGAACUUUUAAAAACGAAUGUUUUAAACAAUAGUGUUAUUAUCACAAUGGCAGAUCAUGGGCAUAGAUUUGCCAAUAUCCGUCAAACACAUCAAGGCCAACUUGAAGAACGAUUACCUUUCUUUUCAAUUGCAAUGCCACGUUGGUUUCGAGAAAGUGAUAAAGGUCGCACAGCUUGGAAAAACUUGCAAGAGAAUAAAGACAGGUUGACGACUCCAUUUGACAUACAUGCAACAUUAAUGGAUAUAUUACACUGGCCAAGUGAAAAUGAACUCAAACGAUCGGGAGAUCUGAAGAAACGGUCUUUAUCAUUAUUUCGACCCAUUCCAUCUUCAAGAACAUGCGCUCAGGCAGGAAUAGAUCCACAUUGGUGUACUUGCUUGACUUGGGAAUCCGCCAUGGGAAGUGAACAAUUGGACACUUCAAAAAUGCUAGUUAAUGUUGCUUUGGAGGCUAUUAAUUCAUAUACUGAACCAGAAAGGAAACUUUGCGCUAAACUUAAUUUGGAAAAAUUUGAAAACGCCAAACGGUUGGUACCAAAUGCAGCGCUACUUUCAUAUAGAAAUGCAUUAGAUAGAGAUGGGUUUGUGCCAGACUUAACUGGAACCACUUCAGCUAAAUUUGCUCAUUAUCAACUCAGUUUUCGAACAACUCCAGGGAAUGCCCUUUAUGAGGUCACAUUAUUAUACGAUUGGAAUGUGAACUCAGUAACUAUUGAUAUGAAAUCGAUAAGUCAUGUAAACAAAUAUGGUGAUUUACCACAUUGUAUUAUUGAUAAAAAUUAUUUUAUGGCCAUGUACUGUGUUUGUUAUGAUAAGAUCUCUUAG